AACCGGGUCAGGAGAUGUCUUCAGAAGCAAGAUCCCAAAAUCGGGGAGGUUCAGUGCGGAAUGGGACCUGGAGAAACAGCCCCCUGAAGUACAAGUUCAAGUGGCAAGAACGUGGUCCAACACUGCUACCUCCCUCGUUGGGUUGGAGACGCAAUGAUGAGACUCUACUGAGUAACAGAGCGACCAAACAGCAAUUCCUGUACUGCAGCAUCGGAAUUGGAUUCCAUCUGCAGAUCCUUCCCAAUGGCAGAGUCAACGGAGCUCAUGAAAGUAAUCACUAUGGUAUUAUGGAGUUAUUUUCAGUGAAGAUUGGGAUUGUUGUCAUUCGAGCUGUGGUCACUCGGCUAUUUCUUGCAAUAACCAGUCAAGGAAUCCUAUAUGGGUCGGUGAACUUCACUGAAGACUGUCUCUUCAAGGAGCAGAUGGAGGAGAAUCAUUACACUACGUACUCGUCUCACACACAUCCCCGGCUUUAUGUGGCUUUAACCAAAAGAGGGGGACCUAAAAAUGGCAGCAAAGCUCAGCUUCACCACCCCAGCACACACUUCAUCCCCAGGUUGGUCAGUGCUUCCUGAAGAACAGUCCAUUCUGAAUGAGUUUAACAAAACCUGAUGUAAAUUUUCAUCGAAACUUUGAAUGAGGAGCAGAGAAACCACAGAAUGAUGUGGGUGGUAAUAUUUUGGAGAAAUACUUUCCUUAAAUUAUAUUUAUGUUGGAAUUUGCACAAAUCGUUUGUUGUAGCUGGGCUCUGGGUGACUCAUGUGGUGACUGUAAAUUUUCAUGGAGCUGUGUCAGAGGAGCCUGUACUGAGUCACUGUCCAGUUCCUAAACAUUGAUGGAAAAAGCCUGUGGAGUUGGAGGUCUGCUGUUUGUUUUGGUAAGAACUCAUUGAAAACCUGAAUCAUGAAUGAAGAACAAAUAACCCUUUGCAGAUAGAGAGACGUGGAAUCUAAAUAAGAAGGAAAUUGUUGUCCAUUUAUAAAAGGCAUUGACCAUUCAGAGAAUCUGAACAAAGACUGGCCAAUGCAAUUUAAAGAUGGUGUUGUAAUUGUAAUUAACACCCAAACAGCCUGUACUUUCCAUCAUUCUCUGCGGUUGAGAACAUGACAUGGGUGAAUGUGCUGAGGGUUUCAGGCUGGUCAUCACUCAGUCAUUGAGAGUUUCCCAAAAGAAAUGUUUCCUUCCCGGGUUCAAAAUAAACAA